CUCAUCAGCAUGAAGGUUUUCGUAGUUUUGGUUCUGGCUCUGGCCUCCGCCUCCGCUGGGCUCCUGCCCAAUGUCGCUCCGGUGCAUCCCCGCGACAGGGUAUCGAGCGCAUCCAUCGCCGGUCGCAUCACCAACGGCAAGGACGCCGUGGCCGACCAGUUCCCCUACCAGGUGGGACUCAGUUUCUCCAGCUCUGCAGGCAGCUGGUGGUGCGGUGGCUCCAUCAUCGCCAACGACUGGGUGUUGACUGCUGCUCACUGUACCGACGGUGCCGCCUCCGUGACCAUCUCCUACGGCGCCACUGUCCGCACUAGCCCCAAGUUCACCCAGACCGUGUCCAGCUCGAACUUCAUCCAGCACGAAAGCUACCUGGCUCUGACCAUCCGCAACGACAUCUCCCUGAUCAAGACCUCCAGCGUCGCCUUCUCGUCCUCCGUGAACAAGAUCGCCCUGCCCGCCAUCUCCAACAGCUACUCCACCUACGAGGGCAAGACCGCUGUCGCCUCCGGCUGGGGACUCACCUCCGAUUCCGCCACCGCCGUGGCCCGUAACCUGCAGUACGUCGACCUCACCGUUAUCCCCAACUCCGUGUGCCAGCAGACCUUCGGAAGCCUGAUCGUGACCAGCAGGGUCCUCUGCGUUGCUACCCCCAACAAGUCCUCCACCUGCCAGGGCGAUUCCGGCGGCCCAUUGGCUCUCGAUGGCGUCCUCAUCGGUGCCACCUCCUUCGGAUCCGCUGACGGUUGCGAGUCCGGCGCUCCAGCUGCCUUCACUCGUAUCACUUACUUCCGCGAUUGGAUCAAGAACAAGGCCGGUAUCUAAGUGUUUAUGGAGACUUGCAAACAUUAAAAUGAUGAAAUAAAACGAAAAAUGAGUAAUUUUACAAAUA